AUGGGCGGGGCUGAGGCGCCUCUCAUUUCCCCUCCAUGCUUAGCGGGGCAGCAGGGCUGGAGAGACCUCCGGGGAGCACAGUCGCCAGUCCACCACGGAGACCCGCCUGGCCAAAAAAACGCGCCUCACACUUGCCAGGAUUGCCAGAUAUUCCUGAAAAAUAUACCUGCUAUUUAUGGCAUGUGGCUUGUAACUUUACUCCUGCUGUACUCUCUCCAAGAAGUACACAGUGAGGAUGUGGGCUCUACCAGGCUGUACUUUGUGAAUGCCUCCCUGCAAAGGGUAACCUACUCAAGCUCGGUGGGGGUGUCCCUGCCCUGUCCAGCAGGGGGCACCCCUAGUGCCAUACUGCGCUGGUACCUGGCCACUGGCGACGACAUCUACGACGUGCCCCACAUCCGCCAUGUGCAUGCCAAUGGCACCCUGCAGCUGUACCCCUUUUCGCCCUCUGCCUACAACAGCUACAUCCACGACAACGACUACUUCUGCACUGCCGAAAACCAGGCCGGCAAGAUCCGCAGCCCCAACAUCCGCAUCAAAGCUGUUUUCAGGGAGCCCUACACUGUGCGGGUGGCGGACCAACGCUCAAUGCGGGGCAACGUAGCUGUGUUCAAGUGCCUCAUCCCUGCUGCUGUGCAGGAGUACGUCAGUGUUGUAUCCUGGGAAAGAGACACCGUUUCCAUUGUCCCAGGUAACAGGUUCUCACUGACAUCCUUCGGGGCUCUUUACAUCUCUGAUGUUCAAAAAGAGGAUGCCCUCUCCACAUACCGGUGCAUCACCAAGCAUAAAUACAGCGGCGAGACACGGCAAAGCAAUGGAGCCAGGCUCUCUGUAAUGGACCCCAACGAGUCCGCACCCACCAUCCUGGACAGUUUCCAAGCAGGGGAGGUGUACGCAGGCCAGAGUAUUGAGCUCCCUUGCAUAGCAGGAGGUUACCCAAGCCCCACUGUGCGCUGGCUAAAAGAUGGUCGCCCACUGCCCUCAGAUGCCCGCUGGACACGGCGAUUGACAGGACUGACCAUCAGUGACCUGAGGCAAGAAGACAGCGGCAGCUAUGCAUGCGAGGUCACCAACAGUUUUGGCUCAAAGGAGGUGUCUGGACAGCUUCAUGUGAUAGAUCCACUACGAGUGACCUUGUCCCCCAAGAAUCUGAAAACAGGCAUCAGCAGCACACUGUUCUUCACCUGUACUGUGGAAGGCUCUCCAGAAUACACCAUCACCUGGUACAGGAACACAGAGCCAAUUGUCCCGGACGAGCACAUCUCCAUUCAAGGACAACACAAUGACACCCUGCAGAUCACUGCAGCUCAAAAGCUUCACUCCGGGGCCUACCAGUGCUUUGCUUCCCGAAAGGGCCACACUGCUCAGGACUUUUCCAUUAUUCUGCUCGAGGAUGGUACUCCUCGUAUUGUGUCUUCCUUCAGCGAGCGGGUGGUAAACCCCGGCGAGCCUUUCUCUCUCAUGUGUGCGGCCAAAGGAGCCCCACCCCCUUCCAUCACCUGGACACUGGACGAUGAGCCUGUGGUUAGAGAUUCAACCUACAAGACCAGCCAGUACACCCUGUCGGACGGCCUGACUGUGUCGCACGUCAACGUCAGCAGUCCACUCAUUCCGGAUGGAGGAGUGUAUCGUUGCGUCGCACGCAACUCGGCCGGUAGCGCCGAGUACCAAGCGCGCAUAAACGUAAGAGGUCCACCUCGAAUUAGACCCAUGCGAGACAUCACCGCAGUGGCCGGCAGGAAUACCUAUAUAACGUGCCGUGUGAUUGGGUACCCAUAUUACUCCAUUAAGUGGCUGAAGGACGGCAUGCAGCUGCCUGAUAAUCAUCGUCAAGUGGUGUUUGAGAAUGGCACAUUGAGGCUCACAGACGUGCAGAAGGGCGCAGAUGAGGGGACCUACUUGUGUAGCGUUUUGAUCCAGCCUCAGGUGUCAAUCAACCAGACUGUCCACGUCACUGUUAAAGUGCCACCGCUCAUCCAGCCCUUCGAUAUCCCCUCUACCUCAGUGGGGAAGCUCAUGUACAUCGCCUGUGUGGUGUCAUCUGGGGACAUGCCCAUACGCAUCACCUGGCACAAAGACGGCCAGCUUAUCGUGCCAGGCUCUGCCUCUGGUGUUGCAAUAGAGACCAAAGAGUUCAUGAGCUCCCUGCAAAUCUCCAAUGUGACACUGAAGCACAAUGGAAACUACACCUGCAUUGCCAGCAAUGCUGCUGCAACUGUCAGCUGGGAAAGACAGUUGAUUGUUACCGUACCACCCCGUUUUGUGGUGCAGCCCAACAAUCAAGAUUGCAUCUAUGGAAAAGCAGGAGUACUUAACUGCUCUGUGGAGGGUUACCCACCUCCGAAAGUCAUGUGGAAACAUGCGAAAGGGGUAGGAAACCCUCAGCAGUACCAUCCUGUCCCACUAACUGGCCGUAUCCAGAUCAUGUCAAAUGGUUCUCUGCUGAUCCGACAUGUUCUUGAAGACGACCGGGGGUACUACCUCUGUCAGGCCUCCAACGGAGUGGGCUCAGACAUCAGUAAAAGCAUGAUCCUUACUGUCAAGAUUCCUGCCAUGAUCACCAGCCACCCCAACACUACCAUGGCGAGGAAGGGCCAGAUCAAGGAGCUGAACUGCACAGCACGGGGCGAGCAGCCCAUUAUUAUCCGCUGGGAGAGAGGGGACACAGUCAUUGACGCAGAGAGAAACCCCCGUUACUCCAUCAGCAUCAACAAGAAGGGGGAUGAAGUCAUCUCCACCCUAAAGCUAAACCCAGCUGAGCGAGGAGACUCUGUCUUCUUCUCCUGCCAUGCCAUCAACUCCUAUGGAGAGGGCAGAGGGCUCAUUCAACUCACUGUACAAGAGCCACCAGAUCCUCCUGAGCUAGAAGUGAGGGAGGUGAAGGACAGAAGCAUGAACCUGCGCUGGAUCCAAAGGUUUGAUGGCAACAGCAUCAUCACCAGCUAUGAUAUUGAGUACAAAAACAAGUCAGACUCCUGGGAUCACAUGUACACAACUAGGAACAUCUCACCAACCAACAAUCAGGCCAACAUUGUAGAGUUGCACCCGGCAUGUGUUUAUAGCAUCCGCAUGUACUCCUACAACAAGAUUGGCCGCAGCCUUCCCAGCAAAGAGCUCACAAUCAGUACUGAAGAAGCACCACCUGACGGGCCACCGAUGGAUGUAAUCCUGCAACCGAUGACAUCUCAGAGCAUACGAGUUACAUGGAGGGCUCCAAAGAAGGAACUGCAAAACGGUGUGAUCCGAGGCUACCAGAUUGGUUACAGAGAGAACGGUCCAGGUAGCAAUGGGCAGUAUAGCAUUGUGGAGAUGAAAGCUACAGGCGACAGUGAAGUGUACACCUUAGACAACCUAAAGAAGUUUGCCCAGUAUGGGGUUGUGGUCCAGGCCUUCAACAGAGCUGGGACUGGCCCAUCCAGUACUGAGAUCAACGCUACCACUCUGGAAGAUGUGCCCAGCGAGCCUCCGCAGAACGUGAGAGCAAUCUCUGUGACAUCGGACGAGGCAGUAAUCACAUGGGCAGAGCCUCCACGGCUGACGCUGCACGGUGUGCUGAAAGGCUACCGGGUUGUGUUUUGGUCCCUCUUCCCUGACGGAGAAUGGGGAGAGAUGCAGAACAUUACCACCACACGUGAACAGGUGGAGCUGCGAGGGCUCGAGAAGUUCACUAACUACAGUGUUCAGGUGCUGGCCUACACACAAGCUGGAGAUGGGGUCCGCAGCAAUGUCCUGUAUAUCCAAACCCGAGAGGAUCUUCCUGGACCACCGGCUGGCAUCAAGGCAGUUCCCUCCUCUCCAAAUAGUGUGGUUGUGUCCUGGUUGCCUCCUCUCAAACCAAAUGGCAUUAUCCGCAAGUACACCAUCUACUGCUCCAGUCCAGGAUCUGGACAGCCAGCUCCCAGUGAGUAUGAGGCCAACCCAGAGAUGCUCUUCUACCGUAUCACGCACCUUACCCGCGGUAAACAAUACCUCAUCUGGGCUGCAGCUGUGACAACUGCUGGAAGAGGCAACAUUAGCGCAAAGGUCACAGUGGAGCCUGCUGGGAAAGUCCCAGCUAAGAUCCUGUCCUUUGGGGGCACCGUGACCACACCCUGGAUGAAGGAAGUACGUCUGCCCUGCAGCUCAGUGGGAGAGCCUACUCCCACGAUUAAAUGGACCAAAGACAGUGAGGACUCUGCCAUCCCUGUGACAGCUGACAGCCAGCGGCAAAUCCUAUCCAAUGGUACACUGGUGCUACGCUCAGUCAAAGCAGAGGAUUCUGGGUACUACACCUGUACGGCCACUAAUACCCUAGGCUUUGACACCAUCAUAGUGAACCUUGUGGUGCAAGUUCCUCCUGACCAGCCGCGUCUGACUGUCUCCACUACUUCCACUUCCUCCAUCACUCUGGCUUGGAUCCCUGGGGAUAAUGGAGGAAGCUCAAUCAGAGGAUUUGUGCUGCAGUAUUCUGUCGACAACACAGAGGAAUGGAGGGAUGUAUUCAUCAGCUCCAGCGAGCGUUCCUUCAGGUUGGACAAUCUCCGCUGUGGAACUUGGUACAAGGUCAAGUUGGCUGCCAAGAACAGUGUAGGCUCAGGGCGCAUCAGCGAGAUCAUUGAGGCAAAGACCCACGGAAGAGAACCAGUGUUUAACAAGGACCAGCCGCUGCUAACCCACAUCAACUCCACUCAUGCAGGGCUCAACCUACAGGGCUGGACCAGUGGGGGCUGCCCCAUCACUGACCUGAUGCUAGACUUUAGGCCCAAAGGUACUUGGGCCUGGCAGAGCCUCAAGGCCAAUUCCACAAAUCAGCUCUUCCUAAGUGAGCUACGAGAGGCCACCUGGUACGAGCUCAAAAUGAAAGCCUGCAACAGUGCUGGGUGUGGCAACCAGACCUCCCAGUUUGCCACAACUGACUACGAUGGCAGCACAAUCCCCCCUAUUAAAUCAGCUCGUGGCGAGGGGGAUGACGUGAAGAAGCUGUUUUCCAUCGGCUCUCCUGUCAUCCUGGUUACCCUGGGCGUUGCUUUGCUCUUCAUUAUACGCAAGAAACGCAAAGAGAAGAGGCUCAAACGACUUAGAGAUGCUAAGAGCCUUGCUGAGAUGCUUAUCAGCAAGAACAAUCGCAGUAUAGACACUCCAGUGAAGGGCCCUCCUCAAGGACCAAGGCUUCAUAUUGACAUCCCACGUGUCCAGCUACUCAUUGAGGACAAGGAAGGCAUCAAACAGAUAGGAGAGGACAAGGCAGCAGUGCCGGUGACGGACACUGAGUUCAGCCAGUCAGUGAAUCCGCAGAACUUCUGUACAGGCGUGUCUCUGCAUCACCAAGCCCUUAUUCAGAAUUCAGGCCCUUUGAUUGACAUGUCAGACAUUCGACCUGGCACAAACCCAGUGUCCCGAAAGAGCAUAAAAUCAGCCCACAGUUCUAGAAACAGGUACUCCAGCCAGUGGACACUUAGCCGGCCGAGUCAGAGCCAGUCAACCGCCUCGGCACGAACGCUGACAUCUGACUGGCGGACGAUGGGCUCUCAUGGCAUCACAGCCACAGAGAGUGACAGCUAUAGUGCCAGCCUCUCACAGGACACAGAUAAAGGUCGGAACAGCAUGGUGUCCACAGAGAGCGCCUCCUCCACCUAUGAGGAGCUGGCUAGGGCGUAUGAGCACGCCAAGCUGGAGGAGCACCUGCAGCACGCCAAGUUUACCAUCACGGAGUGUUUCAUCUCUGAUAGCUCAUCUGACCAAAUGACGACAGGUACUAAUGACCCAGCAGACAGCAUGACCUCCCUCAGCACACCCUCUGAACCAGGCAUCUGCCGCUUCACUGCCUCACCACCCAAACCGCAGGACUACGACCGUGGUAAAAAUGUGGCUGUGCCCAUUCCCCACCGCGCUAACAAAAGUGAAUUCUGCAACCUACCCCUCUACAUGAAGACGGACCCAUUCUUCCGCAAGCAAGGGGAGCUGCAUGACCCAUGCCCGGCUGUGCCGCCACGGGAAGCAUCAAUCCGCAGCUUGACGCAGCGGGCGUAUCACACCCAGGGCCGUCACAAGACUCUAGACCCUGCGAAGCAGGCCCAGACACUGGGCCAUUCUGGGCUGGGCAGUUUGGGUGUGAGCUCUGGCACUGCCACCUUGCCUCAAAGGACUCUCACCAUGCCCAGCUCCAAUAAUGCAGCAACAGCUUCCACUUCCAGCACGAGCAGCAACCCCACCAGCAGUAACAAGGUGGGGGGCUCCAGAGACUCGCUCCUAGAGAGCAGCUCCUCUGCACUGGGGAGGCUGCAGAAACAGAGUGUGGGGGCCUACUCCAAGUCAUACACGCUUGUGUAGUCCAUUCUUCUGCACAGACUGCUGUCCCACUCCUCAGCCAGCCCCACUCUGGCGCUCUUUGGUCUGGGCCAGAAUGGGCAUGCAACCAUUUUUUCUUUAAACCCAACAAAUGGUGAACUGCCCAGCAUCCUGUCUGAUUUACCUUGGGAAAGAUGUUGUCCCAGACAGAGACCCAGCUAACCCUACUUUUCAUGUUCAUGUGGGACUCUAUAAAAGAACUACUAACUCCAACUAACAGUUCCAGCCGGCUGGUGCUCAGCUUCAGUCAGCUCUCACAGGAGCUGCACAAAAACCAGGAAGUGAUUCUGUGGUCAUUUUUGAAAUAU